AAAAUGCAACAGUAAGCAGCAGUUGGAGUAAGCGCUUGGAACACGGUCCGCUGUAGAACGUGUUAUGGCCGGGUCGAAGCUGCGGAGCGGCACUGUGGUCGGCGACUUGGCAGCACUGCUGGAGUCCGGCUACGACUCUGACGUCACCCUGGUAGCCGGUGAGGCAAGAAUCGAGGCACACAGGCUGAUACUGUCCGCCCGGAGCCCUGUCUUCGCCGCCAUACUGCGGCGCCACCAGGACGAAGCCUCCCUCGAGAUCCCAGACACGGAGAAGGAGGUCCUACGCCAACUGCUGACCUUCAUCUACACCGACGAGGCCCCCGAGCUGGUCAGGAUGGCCCCGCAGCUGCUCAUCGCGGCAGACAAAUACGACCUGCAGAUCCUCAAGGACCGGUGCGAACAGCAGCUGAUCCGAGACCUGGACGUGGAGAACGCAGCGGACAGCGCCGUCCUGGCAGUCGAGCGAUGCUGUCCACAGCUGAGGCAGGCCGUCGUCGGCUUCAUCAGGAGCCACUCUCUUAGCGUCAUGGGCACUAGCGGCUGGAACGACGCCCUGCACAGCCACCCCAAAGCCCUCUCCCAAGUCUCGCGCCUGGUUUCAGCCCCAGCACAAACGGAAAGCAGGACUCCAAGCCAGCGUGUGGGAAGUACCCAGGAAACCUACAGAGCCCCCAGGGGUCCUGAGGAUCUGGCCAGUAGGCGCAGUCCAGGACUGGUGAGAUCCAAAUCCAGAUCUCAUUGGGAUGGCCUUGUCCUUACGCAGGAGCCCCAAAGUCCGAACGACUUAGGCUCAAGAGAAAAGCCUGAUUCCAGUACUGCCGACUGGUUUGCCAUGCGAAUGGCUAAAGCAACCGGAGCCAAGUCUAGUCCACUUUCUCCACACUCUCAGACACCAGCACAAGAAUCACAAUCCUCUGGCAAGUCUUCUUCAGCUGAGGACAGGCCACAGACCAGUAACAAACCUGAUCCAGAUAAUUAUCCAUGGUGGUACGUACCCUCUCAGAAAUAUAAGACAGAUUCCAGUGAGUCUUCCAAGAAGCCAACCUCAACUGGAGACAGAACAGCAGAUGAUGAUUUACCUUGGUGGUAUUAAAUAGAUGAAGACAAAAAUAUACAACACAUUAGCAGGUUGUUCCUCCAUCCUCAUUUGUUCCAUAGCCUCAGAUGCAAUGCGAGGUAGCAUUUUUUUCCAUGAAACUGAAUACAUCUCUGGUUACUACUGUAUCAAAAUUAGUAUUUGCUUGCUGCAACAUUCCAUCUCUGAAGACGAAAAUGUGACUCCAAACUGGUGCUCAAAGUAAGCGCAGGCCACUUGCACACUUGUUCUAGACACGAAAUGAGGAAUUGCAGUCUUACAAGGCGCCACAACUUGUGAAACUGCCAGAGUUAAACAACAACUUUAGCCAGCAGAUGUAAAUCACCACAAUUACAUUCUCUGUAGGGAGACCUUCAGUUUCUUUACAUAUAGGUGCUCACGGCACUAUCAAACUACUUCUGCCCUAAUCCAAAACUCAAAGCUAGUGCCACAGUCAUUUGUAAUGGCGUCGAAUCACUGUAGAAUUCAAAAGUCCAAUAGCAAAUCUACACAAGAAGAUGAAGCCAGAAACCAUUUAAGUCUACAACUCCUUCCAAGUCACCUUCAAUAUGUGAAUACGUAAACGAGUACGUUUAUUCCAUUUUAGCCUCAGCUUUUAGUCUCAGCUUUUGACAUGCAUGCCACAGUCUAUUGCGGAUUCGCCUCCAACUGAGGUGAGACCAGAGGCUGGAAUUUGGCCAGUAGAUUAAAAGAUAAUAAACGUCUAGUCUGUAAAUGAAAAAAACAGUAUAGUUAUUUAUUUUUGCCUUUACACCUCCUGUCUAUGCAUCUAAUAUUACAAAUGUGAAAGUAGAGUCAGUCAGGGUAACUUUUUAUCAGCCUGGUUAUCUUUGCACCACUCACUGUUCUUGUUUCAAAUGCCUGCUGCGCCACCUACUUCCGUUAUUUUGUACUAACAGCAAUAAUUUUAUUACCUCCCUGGUUUCUACAUAGUAUGUCAGUUGUCUUUCAACCUUCUUACAAGCUUUCAGGCUUGUGAUUCUCUUUUGAUGGCACCAGCUGUGAGGAGAGCUUUUGGCGGCAGUGAUUUAAGUCGAAAAAUGCCAAUUUUCUACAGAUAUCUUAAUAUUUCAAAGUAAACCUGCAAUGCUGAAUUAACACUGUUUGUUUUUACUUCAUAUUAACGCCCGAUUUUCUUCUGGCGUAAUCUACGUUUACCCAGAUUAUUAGGUGUUGGAGAAAUACCACGUUUUAGUUUAUCCAUUGUGGAUGACGUACCGCAACUAUGAUUUAAAUUGGCUAUUUAUCUUUUAAUAAAUUGCCAGUACUACGUUUUUAAAGACAGGUCUAGUCACCCUAAGUGACAGUGUGUUUUGUACCAGUAUUAAAAGAGAAACUUUACUCUAAUAGGGUAUAGUUAGAGUACGUUUUCGCUUUCCUAAGCACUCAGUAACCAUAGAUACAAAAUAUUACAAUUUCUGUAGCGACGUGUAACUUACGCUGUGUCCAGUAUGAUCAAAUAAUGGAACAAAGUUACCCCAAUUGAGUGUAAUUUUGUUACGUUUUCAUUGCUAAACCACUGAAACGAUUUGGUAUGAGGAUAGCCUGAAACCUGAAAAAGAACAGGGCCUACUUUGGAAAGUGUGUAGUACCAGAUGCUCGUUUAUUUGAAGCGUUUUAAGCGAACUAGGCAAAAGUGUUUACUCUACAAAAAUCUCUUGGCUCUUUCACAAAAAUUGCAGUCUUUUCGGGCUUACAUCACCUAACAUAGACAGCUGUACUGACAUUUAAGACCAAAUAUCAUAUUUAAAACUGAUCCAUUUGUAUGAGACGCUACUAGAAAAGAACUUUUUCUAUUUACAGCUAUGCAUUUAAGUUUGUUUACAAAUGAAUCUUAUAAUCUUUAAGCUACUUGUCACAGCACAUUAAUAGAUUUGUCUACUAGGAGAAUUCAUGGUGUUGGAAACAUUGUUUAUACAUAUCUACAUCGAUGUGUGACAGCCCUCUGUUUUUCUCUGUACCACUUAUACUCCUCCGGGCCAGUGUUCUUCCAUGCCCCUCUUUACGCUCAGAAAGAAGAAAAGCAUCUCUUAGCUUCUAUUUUUCUAUGGCAGCUACUAGUUGUUCUCAUUUUUCCUCGUUCCUCUUUCUCUACACGUGGUUAGUGUAAGAGCUCGUUCAGUAUGUUAUUUUAUCACACAUAGGUUUUAUUUCUAAAAUUUGAAUGUUGUAGAAAAUUAUGUAAAAGCUGUUGACAUAUUUCCACAGCGUAUCUCCAUUAAUGGACACUUAUUACCUUACAACCUCUUGAUGAGAACAUGAAUCAAAAACUUAUUAUGGGUAAAAAUUUAAAGAGUGUUUUAACAAGGUUUUGUGUAUAUUAAUGGCGUGUGUCAGAUUUAAAAUGAUUGUUCUUUCUGCUGAAUUAGUUUUCUUUUGUCUUAAAUGUAAGUAAUUGUCCUAGAAAUAUACUAAUAGUAUGAUGAUUUGCAGAGAUUCUGUACAAGUGAUAGAAAGAUUGUGAUUUUGAAAUACGACUUUUGUCUGCCUCAAAUGUAUUCAAUCAAACAUAUAAUCGUAAUACAUGAAGCAUUCCUUUGA